UCACAAUUUUACGAGCUCGUAAAAUUUGGCGAAAUUGAAAUUUUGUAAAAGUUACGAUUAAUUUUAUUUGAUUUAAAAUACGAUUUGUAAUAAAAUAAUGCAAAAAGGAGGUCCGGAAUGAAAACUGUAAUAAUUCGAUGAAGUUUGGCAGAUAUUUAACAUUUAAUUUUUUGCGUUUGAUGUACUCGUGCUUCUCUUCGAUAAGUGAUGUCAUAACGCAUUGAUGUUCACUGCCAGCUAGCCGAACUCGCUUAUCAGUCGGUUCGUCUCAGAUACCUACCUAGUUUGUAUGAAAUCUACGGACUCGUGUGUUUGGUGAAUGAGCAACAGCUAGAACAUUGACUCAUCGCUCGUCGUUGCAUCGCUUUUGUUAUCGAUCCGCCGUUGUCGAGAAAAAUUCUGCAAUCGCAAUUUGAAAAAUGCCGGAAGUCCAGGAAAAUGUCAACGUAAAAUCCAAGAGAAGCAAGAGUUUGAAUGAAGCUAAUGAACUUCGUAUACAUGAAGAAUCUGUGAGAAAACUUCAACCCGAUAAACCAUGUCACAAAUAUCAAGAUUCCUUAUUCUCGUGGUCAUCCGGAUUCGACAAUUUCAGCGGUUUCGUCAACUGGGGAUUCAUUCUGUUAUUGAUGGGUGGAAUCCGGCUUCUUUUAGAAAAUCUACUACGCUAUGGUAUACGAAUUGAUCCAAUGCAGUGGUUACUUCUGCUGAAAGAAGAAAAUGGAAUAGAGCAUAAUACAUCCUUAGUGUUGCUCGCAUAUUCGUUGAUUCCUCUCUCAUUAUGUCUCUUUAUUGAAAAAGGAUUAUCAAAAAAAGUUUUUGAAGAGAGGACCGGGUUACAACUUCAAAUCAUAAAUGCGAGUUCAAUUUUACUUAUACCGAUGUUGGUUAUACCCACGUAUUCCAAACAAUUUAGUUUACUUGGAGCUAGUACGGUAUGUUUCAUGUAUUCGGUGCUUUUUCUGAAAUUAUGGUCUUACAUUCAAGUGAAUAUGUGGUGUAGAAGAGAAUGGAUUUCCAGAGUGGAACUUAAAAAGAAAUUCGAUGAUCACAAAAAUCCUCUUAUCGAUGAACCAGUUGAAAAUGAAGAUAAAGAAUCGGCUUACGAGAAAGAUUUACGUUUGAUUAAAUAUCCGAACAAUUUAAAUUUAACUAAUUUACUUUAUUUCAUGGCGAUUCCAACGCUGUGUUAUGAAUUGAAUUUCCCAAAAACGGAUAGGAUACGUAAAAGGUUUAUUUUGAAACGAAUAUUGGAGUUAUUGAUCGGAAUUCAAGUGAUGGCCGCUCUAUUUCAACAAUGGAUGAUUCCGUCAGUCAAACACGCUUUAAUACCAUUUUCUAAUAUGGAUAUAUUGAAAGCAACCGAAAGACUUCUCAAGCUGUCUAUUCCGAAUCAUCUCAUGUGGUUAAUAUCGUUCUAUUUGCUAUUCCAUUCGUGGUUAAAUUUUACGGGAGAAUUAUUUUGCUUUGCGGAUAGAAAUUUCUACUUGGACUGGUGGAAUGCUAAAAAUGUGAACGUAUUUUGGAGAAAAUGGAAUACCGUUGUUCAUCGAUGGGCUUUAAGACACGUGUAUUGGCCUAUGGUCGAGAUUGGGUACGGUAAAGUAGCCGCGAGUGCUACUGUUUUUUUCAUUAGCGCGUUUUUCCACGAAUUUCUGGUCAGCGUGCCUUUAAGAACGUUCAAAAGUUGGGCAUUUGUCGGUAUGAUGAUGCAGAUGCCUUUAGCCUAUCUAAGUACGUAUAUGGAGAGUAGGUACGGUUCUCGUUGCGGUAACAUUGUUGUGUGGAUUUCCUUAAUACUAGGCCAACCCUUAUGCAUAAUGAUGUAUUAUCACGAUUACGUCAUCUCUCACUAUGGAGAAGCUCUCAUAGAACAAUUUGGUCAUUUAUAAAAUCAUACGAUCAUCCAAAGAGUGCAUCGUCAUAAUACUCCUCGAUAUUUUUGUUACCUUUUUACUUUGUGAUUUUCAUUACUUGCCCAGUUUUUUUCUACGCUGUUAAUUUAUGUUUAUAUUCCUGUUCAGAAAUAUACCUACAGUUCGUUUGUGUUGCAAAA